CAGAGAAGAGUCUGCACAAGUUUCCGAAGAAUCGUUGCAGUGUUUCUCGACUAAGUUUCGGAAUCUACGCACUCCGAAAGUUGUAGGGAUAUAUAUGGAGCCGUCGGUUGAGUACAUUGUGGCUGUUCUUUCUGUUUUAAGAUGCGGGGAAGCGUUCAUGCCUUUAGAUCCAUCUUGGCCAAAAGCGAGGAUAUUAUCACUCUUGUCUUCUUCAAAAGCUAAUCUAGUUAUCGGGGUCGAAUCGUCGAACGAGGAGAAGCUUUUUCACAGGCUCGAUACGAUAAAUUGGCUUGUUAGUGAAGGAAAUUGCCCUGUUGUAUAUGUAUGUAUGAAGGAUAUUAUCAAAGAACAGUCUCGUUCGUUAGUGUUGGAGUGGCCUUGUGAAAAUGAAAGGUUGAGAUCGUUCUGUUACUUGAUGUACACGUCAGGAUCUAGCGGAAAGCCUAAGGGUGUAUGUGGCACUGAAAUAGGUCUUAUUAAUCGUUUUAUGUGGAUGCAAGAAACGUAUCCUCUACAUGAAGGAGAUAUAGUGCUUUUCAAAACAGCAAUAAGCUUCAUUGAUCAUAUACAAGAGUUUCUUGGAGCUGUACUUUCCACUUGUACGUUGGUGAUACCUCCUUUCAGUCAGCUAAAAGAAAAUAUAUUCUAUAUAACGGAUUUUUUACAGGUACACGAGGCUUGUAGCUGUGCCCUCUUUGAUGAGAGCAAUCCUUCCGUCUUUGCAAAGUCGACGCUUCAGAACGAUUCAAUAUUCCUUGAAGUUAUUAGUGCUAAGUGUGCUGAUGUGGAGCCGUGGAUGGUGGCUUAUUUUGCCUUAUGUGGUCAAUUAUUUUUAAGUCGUUUUUACAUGUUAUCGAACACUUGUGUGAAACAUGUUUAUGUUAAGGUGACAGGUGACUGCACAUACUUUGACUGCAAGAGAUUGCCACUGAUUCUUGAAAAGGAAGAACUUAGCAGUGUGCCAGUUGGCUUGCCUUUGUCUAACUGUGAAGUGGUCCUUGUUGGAGAAGAUGCACCGUUGCAAGGAGAGAUAUAUGUGAGCGGGCUAUGUGUUGCAGCGGGUUACUUCGACUAUCCAUAUCUUAUCCCUUUAGCUGAUAGAGUUCAAAAGUACUUCAAAACGGGAGAUUUUGCCAGAAAGCUCUCGAGUGGCGAUUUGGUUAUUCUUGGAAGAAAGGAUCGUACAUUGAAGGUCAAUGGGCAAAGAGUUGCACUUGAGGAGAUCGAGACUGCAUUUCGUGACCACCCUAGUGUAGUUGAUGCUGCGGUGCUAUCCCGUGAGGUUGAUGGAGAAAUCUUGCUUCUUGAAGCUCAUGUGGUGAUGGAGGAAAAAAACGAGGAUGAUGAACUUUUGAAAUCUUCUCUUAGGAACUGGCUAUUGAAUAUGCUUCCUCUAGGUUAUGAUACCGACUCGCAUAUUGUAACCGAUACCUUGUGGACUCUUUCUGGAAAAGUUGAUUACAUGUCGUUAGCUGCUUCGACGACUAUAUUUGGUUCACCUGCUAUUUACGAGCUUCCACCAGUGGUCACAUUACAGCCCUUGGAAAUUAAGACAAUGCCCUUUAAGAAGUUAUGGAAGCAAGACAUAGGAGCCCCUGUUUUCGGCUCUCUCUCAAUCAAUUAUCCAGAUGGAAAUGUCAUUUGUUGCUUGGUAGAUGGUUCGGUUGUUAAUCUCAAUACCUCUGGCUCUGUCGUAUGGAAGGUCAAAACCGGUGGGCCAAUUUUCGCUGGACCUUGCGCAUCUCGAGCAUUACCUUCCGAGGUACUCGUGUGCUCCAGAGAUGGAAGCAUCUAUUCCUUCGAAACGGAAACGGGUAACCUAAUCUGGAAGCAUUCAAUCGGAAAUCCAAUUACUUCUUCUCCUUAUGUAGACGACAACUCCCCUAUUUCAGACAGGUUAAUAUGUGUAUGCGACAGUUCUGGUAGUAUUUACGUAUUAAGAGUCGACUUGAAUGCUAUUGGGGAUUCGGAACAAAAUACGGAAAAUACGGUACGAGAAUUUGCUCGAUUAGACCUACAAGGAGAUAUCUUCUCUUCUCCAGUGAUGAUUGGGGGCAGGAUUUUUGUGGGUUGCAGAGAUAACCAUGUGUAUUCUAUUGCCCUUGAUCUCGAAUAAUGGUAUAAAGCCUCGUUGGAUUAGUAGGAUUCGUCGUGAUUAAUUAAAUAAUUAAUUCUUAUUUGAUAUUCAGUUGGUUUAAAAAAAAAUUAAGGCAAACUUAUCUUGAUCCAAGUAUACAAUUAAUGAAAGUUUAGUAGGAUUGGACGAUUAACGAACCAAGCUUGAAUAUAUAUUAUUGUUUGAUAAUGUACGAAGUUCGAGAUCGAGCUCGAUUAGUGAUAAAUGAAAAAUAAGCUCAUUAGAGCUUGAUUCGCGUU